CUACUAGUACAGAGUUUCCGAAUGAAUGGAAAUCUAUCCACUUAUCUUGUAUACACCACACUGAAAGCACCACCGUUAUGUCAAGUUCUUGAACCUUACACUUACACACACUCUUCUUUUCUUUCUUUAAUCACACAAUGGCUGGAGUAAUUGGCACUUGUUCACCAGCAUUCUUGGCUUCUCCAAGACCCCUUUCUUCUCAAUCUUCUAAAACUUGUAUCCAUUCCCUUUCUCUUACUCCAGGGAGGAAGCUCUAUAGAGGAAUUGGUGUGCCAAUUAAGAAAGAAAGGUCGCGGUUUCAUGUUGCUAUUACCAAUGUGGCCACUGAAAUCAGCCCUGCCCAAAGUCAGGCACAAAAGCUUGCUAAGGAAAGCCAGAGACCGGUGUAUCCUUUUGCAGCUAUAGUGGGUCAAGAUGAAAUGAAGCUGUGCCUUCUACUUAAUGUUAUAGAUCCCAAGAUUGGAGGUGUCAUGAUUAUGGGAGAUAGAGGGACAGGGAAAUCAACGACUGUUAGGUCAUUGGUAGAUUUGCUUCCCGAGAUCAAGGUAGUUGUUGGUGACCCGUUUAACUCAGAUCCAGAAGAUCCAGAGUCUAUGGGAGCGGAAGUACGUGAUAAAAUAAUUCAAGGUGAGGAACUUCCUCUUACGACAACCAAAAUCAACAUGGUUGACUUGCCAUUGGGUGCAACAGAAGAUAGAGUAUGUGGCACCAUUGAUAUUGAAAAAGCCCUUACUGAGGGUGUGAAGGCAUUUGAGCCCGGCCUUCUUGCUAAAGCUAACAGAGGAAUUCUCUACGUAGAUGAGGUUAAUCUUCUAGAUGACCACUUGGUGGAUGUUCUUUUGGAUUCUGCUGCCUCAGGAUGGAACACCGUUGAGAGAGAGGGGAUUUCAAUAUCACAUCCUGCCCGCUUUAUUCUUAUUGGGUCUGGAAAUCCUGAAGAGGGAGAACUUAGGCCGCAACUUCUUGACAGAUUUGGAAUGCACGCUCAAGUGGGGACUGUAAGGGAUGCUGAGCUUAGAGUGAAAAUUGUCGAGGAGAGAGCUCGUUUUGAUAAAAAUCCAAAGGAAUUCAGAGUAUCAUAUUUGGAAGAGCAAGAUAAGCUCACAGAGCAGAUUACAUCAGCCAGGGCUUCUCUUUCUUCUGUUCAGAUUGAUCGUGAACUUCGAGUCAAAAUUUCGAAGGUCUGUGCUGAGCUUAAUGUGGAUGGAUUGAGAGGUGAUAUAGUGACAAACAGGGCAGCAAAGGCUUUAGCUGCUCUUAAAGGAAGAGACCAAGUACAACCAGAGGAUAUUGCUACUGUCAUUCCUAACUGCUUGAGACACCGGCUUCGAAAGGAUCCCUUAGAGUCCAUCGAUUCGGGUGUACUUGUCAUUGAAAAAUUCUACGAGGUUUUCACUUGAGUUGAUGAAAAAUCCGCUCUUGUGUAAUUUUGCAUAAGCUGUCACUUAAGUACCGAAAAUUUUGGAUUUUACCUCCAGGUUCCAAGUUAUCGGUGUUUUAGAAUUGUAUUGCACAGAACAGUUGUGUUCUUUUCGGUAGUAAAUCUAGCAUGAGCAUGUUCCAUGAUAAACAGAUUGACUUGAAUGAAUGAUUAUCAUUUAUAUACAA